AUGAAGCGGGCGGCGACCCUGCGCCUGCUCUCGGACCUGAGCAGCUUCAGCGGCGCGGCCCGGCUCCGGGAGCUCCUGGCUGCGGACCCAGCCGUCCGGGUCCGAGUCCGCGGCAGCCCGGACGGCCGCCACCUGCUGCUGCUGCGCCCCCCGGGGGCGCCGGCCCCGCAGCUGCUGGUCGCGGUGCGUGGACCCGGCGAGGAGCUGGAGCGCGCCUGGCCGGCGGGCCACCCGUCCCCGACGGACGCCUUCUUCCUGCCGUGGCCCGUGCGCCCCGCGCUGGUGCUGGUGUGGGAGAGCGGGCUGGCCGAGGUGUGGGGCGCGGGCGUGGGGCCUGGCUGGCGGCUGCUCCAGAGCACCGAGCUGUGUCCCGGCGGCGGGUCCCGCGUGGUGGCCGUGGCGGCGCCCCGAGGCCGCCUGGUGUGGUGCGAGGAGCGGCGGGCGGAUGCCGAGGACCGGGCACCGCCGCCCCGCGCCGCGGCUUCCAGCCACUGCGUGUGCGUCCGGACCCUGGAGCCCGGCGGGGAGGCCGGCACCAGCCUGGGCCGCACCCGCAUCCUUCUGCACCACUGCCCCCCUUUCAGGCUGCUGGCCUCCCGCAAGGACCUCUUCCUGGUGCCCGCGGCCACCACCUGGCCCGGCGUGAGCCACCUUCUGCUCAUCUGGAGCCCAGGGAAGGGGAAGGUGACGGUGGCCGCCCCAAGCCUUCGCCUCUCCUACAGUAAGAGCCUGAAUCCUGGACGAGGAGACACGUGGGACUUCCGGACCCUGCUCCGAGGUCUUCCUGGGCUGCUGUCCCCCAGGCAGCCAUGGGCUGUCCAUACCUGGGCCCCAACUCCCCAGGGCCUGCUGUGGCUUGACUUCCGGGGCACUGUGAGCCUGGUGCAGCCCCACGGCGGCACCCGGGCUGUGGGCACCUUGCAGGAGGCCCCUGUAGGCCUCGCAGGGUCUGCAGCCCUGGGAACGUUUCAUGGCACGCUAGCCUGUGUGCUGGGCUCCACGUUGGAACUGCUGGACAUGGGCAGCGGGCAGCUGCUGGAGAGGAAGGUCCUCAGUACAGACCGAGUCCAUUUGCUUGAACCCCUAGCGCCUGGCACAAAAGGUGAGGAAGAGACGGAGCCCCGAGGAGGGGGUCUUCGUUUGCUUUCAGCCUUGGGUCUGUUUCAGGUAGUAUGGGAAGCCCCACCGACGCUUGAGCUACCUUCGGCUGAAGACCUGGUGUUUGAGGAAGCCUGCGAGUACUACCAACGGCGGAGCCUGCGGGGCGCCCAGCUCACCCCAGAGGAACUGAGACAGAACAAUGUCUUCCGGGCACCUCAGGCCCUGGCCUCCAUCCUCCAGGGCCACGUGUCCCCAUCUACCCUGCUGACCACCUUGAGGGCGGAGCUCCGCGAUUACCGGAGCUUAGAGCAGCUCAAAGCCCAGCUGGUGGCUGGGGAUGAGGAGGAGGCUGGCUGGACGGAGCUGGCAGAGCAGGAAGUGGCACGGCUGCUAAGGACUGAGUUGAUAGGAGACCAGCUGGCCCAGCUCAACACCAUUUUCCAAGUCCUUCCUACAGCAGCCUGGGGUGCCAUCCUCAGGGCUCUGCAGCUCCAACCGGAUGGGAAUGGCAGGUUGAGGUCCCAAGCUCCCCCUGAUGUGUGGAAGAAAGUCCUAGGGGGUACAGCAGUUGGAAAGGACCCCCCCAAUGGGGUACUGCCCCUCUUCGAACUGCUGUGCCAGUGCCUCUGCCAGCUGGAGCCACGAUGGUUGCCACCCUUUGUGGAGCUGGCACAGCAGCAGGGUGGGCCUGGUUGGGGGGCCGGGAGCCCAGGGCUUCCCCUGUAUCGCCGAGCCCUGGCAGUACUAGGUGAGGAGGGGACCAGGCCUGAGGCACUAGAGCUAGAGUUGCUUUUGGGCAGUGGGCGGCCCAAAGCUGUGCUCCAGGCUGUGGGGCAGCUAGUGAAAAAGGGGCAGUGGGAGCGGGCCCUAGAGUCUGGCUUAGCCCUCGGCCCCUCCAGCCCCCUACUUCGAAGUGAGAUCUUCAAACUGCUAUUGGCCGAGUUUGCUCGGCACCGCCAGCUCGAUGCUCACCUCCCCCUCCUGUGCCGCCUGUAUCCACCAGACCUGGCUCCAGCUGAGCUCCUGUUGCUACUGCACACACAUCUCCCCGAUGAGUCGGAGCCCCCUAGCCCAUUCCCUGAGCCUGGAGCAGAACCCCCUCUCACUGUGGGCUUGCUCAGAGCUCUGCUGGAGCAGACUGGGGCUAAAAGACAGUCCUCAGGCCCAGUUCUAAGCCUGUAUGAGGACAUCCUCCGGGACCCAGGCACUCCGCCCCCUACCCCACCUCGGGGACCUAUGACUACCCUCCAGGCCUCAGACCACCCAGGGCCAGGGGCCUGGGCACCAUCUAGACAGGACCUCUGUGUGACUGACACAGGCUGA